AACUUGAUAUAAUUUCAAAAUAUGCCAGCCUUAACUAUUGUUAUUCAUUUUAGGCUAGUCCUCUUCACAUCAGAAAAGUAAAUAGAAGUAUAUGAGCACACAACCAAAUAAUUGACGUAUGUUACACAGGCUCUGAUGACAUCGGACAUCAUGUAAAGAAGGUUGUUAAAUUCAACCCACACUUCUAAAUGACUAUUGAAAAAUAGCAACUGUAAAAGAUCUUAAAAUGGAUACAAUACAGAGAAAAUCUGGCUUUGUCCCAGGACAUCAUGAAUGUGAGAUCUGCUAUGGAGGUGAAGCUGACUUACACAAGCAUUAUACCGGCUGUAAGAAGAAUCCAGGUCAUGUCAACUUUAUACCUAUUAAUGAUUUUAACUUGGAUCAUCUCCCCUCACGUUGGCGUGACGUCAUCAUGUUGGAGGUAAUCAAAGCUUUGUCUGCCAUAACGGUCCUGAUAAAGGUCAAGUACACCAGUCUAGAGAGACCAAAGUCUGUUCCAUGCUUCAGUGGUCAGUAUCCAUUUUAUAACAUCAGAGGAAGUGACGUGUUGAGGACAGGGACGGGGAGGGUGUGGCUUGUGUUCAAGUACACAGAGAGUGACAACAAGGGCACUUGUCCAUGUGGCAAGUGUCAACACUCGGACACACCCAGCAAAGUGUGGGGGAAGGUUUAUGUGAGGACAGCCACACACGUGGUGUUUGAUGAGAGUGAGGCGAGACAGACCAGGUGUGUUGUAGGUUUUGAUGACAAUAAAAGUCCUGGGGUCAGUCUUGAUGGCUGGGGGGUGGAGAAGGCAGACACUGAGGGAGACUGGUGUGAGUUUACAUGUGUGUCAUGUGACUUAGAGUUGGUUGAUGAACUGGACAAGAUGUGUCGGCAAUUUAAGGAUCUAUGUGUGAAAGUAAGGGACAAAUACGAGUGGUUUGCUGAUGUGGACAAGUUGACCGUUAUAGUGUCACAUCCUCAUGGCUGUCCUAAACAGGUCUCUGUAGGACAAUGGACACGCGAACAUUGGAGGGGACUUUCGUACAAGUACACGUACACAACAUGUACAUGUCCUGGCUCCAGUGGAGCACUUGUCUACAGGCCGGAAUAUGGCGGUAGGUCACAUCCCCACAGUGGAUCAAACUCUGUAGGAAAUUAUAGUGGGGAGAAUGUGUUCUCUUGA